AAACACAUUGUAACUGACGUAUAGUGGUGAUCAGACGAAUGAAAGGGUGCUUGUAAUAACAGUGGGUUUAAUUGGAGAAAGCUAAAACAAUUACUACUCAUAUUAUUUGAUUAAUAAAUUUUUACUAUAUUGGAAGUAAUAACAGCAGUGUGUAAAUUUUUCAUUGAGUUAACGAUGCCUUAUCUGUUGGAAAAUCAAGGAACGCCAAUUGAGGUGCAUUUGGUGGGAGAGCGUGGUUCAGGUGCUCAGUGUAAACAAGUUCAAGACUUCCACAAACUCCAUGAACAGUGCGUUCAAAAUGGAACCUUAUUUGAAGAUCCAGAUUUUCCUGCUUGUGAUUCUUCGGUCUUCUUCAGUUGUACUCCGUCUAGAUCUUUUAAAUGGAAACGACCUCACGAACUAACUAAGAAGCCGAAACUCUUCCAUGAGGGCGCCACUAGGUUUGAUGUCGUUCAAGGUGAACUAGGGGACUGCUGGCUACUGGCUGCAAUGGCCAAUUUAACUCUCAAUCAAGCCUUGUUCUAUCGGGUCGUUCCUGAUGACCAGGGGUUCGAGAAUGACUAUGCUGGAAUUUUCCACUUCAGAUUCUGGCAGUAUGGUCGCUGGAUUGAUGUGGUUGUAGAUGAUCGCCUACCAACUUUUAAUGACACUCUGGUGUUCAUGCACUCUAAAGAUAAAAAUGAAUUUUGGAGUGCUCUUCUGGAAAAAGCUUACGCCAAAUUACACGGAUCUUACGAAGCACUCAAGGGAGGAACUACCUGCGAAGCUAUGGAGGAUUUUACUGGAGGCGUGACAGAAUUUUACGAGAUUAAGAAAGCUCCAGAUAACCUGUUUAAAAUCAUGCUAAAGGCCUACGAAAGAUGGUCUUUGAUGGGAUGCGCUGUAGAGCCAGACGUUAAUAUUACAGAGAUGGAACAAGAUAAUGGACUGAUUAAAGGACAUGCGUAUAGCAUCACUGCUGUCCGAAUGGUUGAAGUUGACACUCCAAGAGUAACCGGAAAGAUACCCCUGAUUAGGGUUCGCAAUCCUUGGGGUAAUGAGUGUGAAUGGAAAGGAGCUUGGAGUGACAGAUCUCCUGAGUGGACUUUGGUAAAUGAAAACGAAAGAAAAGAGUUAGGACUGACAUUUGACCAUGACGGAGAAUUUUGGAUAUCCUUCAGAGACUUCGUUUUGAACUUCACCAGACUAGAGAUCUGUAAUCUAAACCCAGAUUCCCUAGAUGAUGAGCCUCUCACUCAAGUGUCAAAGAAAAAAUGGGACACUCACGUUUUUGAAAGUAGCUGGGUUCCAGGAUGCACUGCGGGAGGUUGUAGAAACUAUCUGGACACAUUUUGGAUGAAUCCUCAGUACAGAGUGACACUGGAAGAUGUUGAUGAUGAUGACGAUGAUGAACUUUGUACUAUGAUAGUGGCUUUAAUGCAGAAACAUCACAGAUCAAAACGAAAAACGCGGCAGGGUUGUUUAACGAUUGGCUAUGCUAUUUAUAGUCUGAAUGACCCAGACAACCUACCUAAACCACUGCCGAAAGACUUCUUCAAAUAUACUGCUUCAAAAGCUAAGUCUCCUUCCUUUAUAAAUUUACGUGAAGUAAAUUGUAGAUUUAAACUUCCCCCUGGCUCUUACUGUAUCAUCCCAUCUACUUUUGAUCCUGGGGAAAGAGGAGAGUUUGUCUUGCGGGUGUUCACAGAGAAAGAAAACAAAAUGAGUGAAUAUGAUGAAGAUGUUGGUCUUAAAACUCCCGAUGAAGAGGUGCAAGUUGAACAGAAUGAAGUAGAAGAAAACAAGGACCAACAAAUAAAAAAUGUCUUUGCUAGCAUAUCAGGUCAAGAUUUAGAAGUUGACUGUUAUGAACUUCAAGAAGUACUAAACAUUGGUUUAAAGCAAGAGUUUCACAUUGAUGAGCUUUCGCUGGACGUUUGUCGUAGCAUGAUUGCCAUGAUGGAUGAAGAUCGAUCAGGAAAACUCAAAAUGGAAGAAUUUCUUAAGCUCUGGGUUGACAUCAGGAUGUGGAAGAAUGCGUUCAAAGUCUAUGAUAAAGAUGAAUCAGGAUUUCUCAGUACGUUGGAGCUCAGAAUGGCUUUGAAUUCAGCAGGAUAUCGUGUUAACAGCAACAUUUUACGGACCUUGGUCUUAAGAUAUGGGAAGAAGGAGCAGAUGAAUUUUGAAGACUUCCUCAUGUGCACAGUGAAAUUAAAGAGCAUGAUAGAAUCUUUUCUUGAACGAGAUCCAAAACGCAUAGGGUGUGCUAAGUUUACUUUAGAAGAGUGGGUGGAAAAGACGAUGUACAGUUAACAUCACAAUUCAACCAAACUACCACAGGUCUAAUGGUGGUUGUAGACAACUUGUGUCUAAUUUAUACUUUCUGGCACCUCGUUAACUAUUCUUUAAGUAAAGAGUAAUUCAGAUGUUAUGCGAUUUCUAAAAAUAAUUUUUGAAGUAUUUUCACAGAUUUUAAUCUUCCACGUUUUUCGUGAGAAUUCUAUAACCUUAUGGUGAUCAUGAUAUCUUAUGUACAUAAUUUCUUCCCCUUUUACAGAAAAUGUUUAUAUUCAUAGCAGUGAGUAUGUCUCUUGUACGUGUAUAGUUACUUGGAUUAAUAACUUGUCCUCAGAUUAAUUAUAAAUAAGCUAGCUCCUCCAAAAAGUUAAUUUCUUAAAUUUUAAGUUCUAGAAGAAAUACAUGUGAUUAUAUGCAUGAAAAUGUUUAAUUUUGUUCAAAAUCAAAUCUUACUCUUGAAAAUAGUUUGCAUACGUUUAAAUUCAGACAUCUGCUGGUAACUAUCGUUAAAUGUCGUCACAUGGAGAUUCUAGUUUACACCACUUGACUUUUCGCCGAAGACACAAUUAAAAUGUUGGACAGCUAAUCUGAUUAUGACAAACACAUUAGCGAUUAAGAUGAAAAUUCACAGCUUGUUUCCUGGAUAAUCUUAAUUCAACGUAGCAUUUAAAAUCAUCCCAACUACUAGACAAUAUAUUUUUGAGUGGUGAUGAGUCGAGCUUUAUCAUUUCCAAAAUUUGCAAGGAACAUCAAUAUACGUACAUGUAAAUAAAUAAUAAAUUUGAAAUUAAAUAAUUCUAUGUCAAAAUAUUGAAUUUAAACACUCAUUAACAGACUAACUUUUAACGACUAUAAAAUAUACGUUAACUUCACAUAACUAAAUCAAUCUUACUCUAUCUUAAAAAAUGUUACCUUAUCAUUUGAAAUAAAUUCACUUAAUAGAUUUAGAAUGUUGUUUUACAACAUACCGAAAAUUAUAGAUAGAAUAGUUAAUAAUCAAUAUGUGGUAUUUUACCUUAAAACCUUUAUAUGUUGUGUUUUCUAAACGUUUUUUGCAAUUAAUGAAAACAUAUUACAUACAAUAGCUCAUAACUUAGAAAAAAAAGAGUAAUAACUGUGUUCAUUUUAGCAAAAAGUUACACAAUAGAGAAUCGAACCCUGGAUUACAGUUUUGUAAGUCUGCGAACUGGGGGAAAAAUAAGAUAAUGAAAAUGAAAGUAUAUUAAAAAACCAAAACUAGUAAUUAGAAGCUUUCUAGCUGUUCAGUACAGUUUGUUAGAAGUUUUGUAUUUCAUGUUCAGGUUGAUAAAUUUUGUCAUAUAUAUAUACAUUUGUAUUUUCAGAACUUGUGAUUUAUGUAAUAGGCCUACAGGGAAUCGAACUUGCUUGCUGUGGCAAUAGAUCAAUACUGUAUCAAUUACUGUGAUUGUAAUCUUGCAUUUUAUCCAAACUUAAGAUUCCAUGAGCCUUAUUUAUAGUAACAGAAUAAAUACAUGAUGAAAAGUCAAAUAUAAAUUCAGCCUACAAAAAAUAACACUGAUCUUCUUAAACAUUAAUGUGUAGGUUUUGAAGAAAUAGAUAUGUUUGACAAUUACUUUAAUUUAAAAGCAUUAUACUCAAAAUUUUAAAGUAAACUUUGAUGCAUUCAUGCAACCUAUCAAAAUGCUACAUUUAAGAUAAAUCACAGAGGUAAAAUAAAAUGGACAAAACUAAACAUAAAAAACAAAACUCACAUUAAUCAGACUAUCUUUCAACAUAACAUUAAAUAAAGUACAUAGUCAUCAGGAGACAGACAAUACAUUGCAUAAAUCCUCCAAAAACAAAACCAGAAUCAACAGUAAGCAUAAAGUAAACUUACAAUUUUCAAAUAAAAACUGAUUUUUCCUCCUUUUUUUAUAUAUUAAUAAAAUCUAGUUUCACAUACCAACUGUUUAAGUAAUUUAUAAAAUCAUUUAGGAAUGUUUUAGAGAAUGAUGCUAACAACACUUGAUAAAAGAACCAAAGAGAAAAAAAUACUACUGCUUUUGAAUUAUAAUAAAAAGAAAUUCAUAUGUGAUAAAGAGUACUCUGGAUAAAUCAGAGAGUAUGGUAAAUAAAUACAGCUGUGUUUUGUUCUUCUUACUUGUUUAUAAAACCAUUUCUAAUUAGCUAUUUGUGAGUAUUUUUAUAUUUGUAUUUUGGAUUAGAAAGAUUAUAUUGUUGAA